UUGGUUCACAGCCCGCAUAGUCAGCAGCUUCUAGGAGGAGGGGUCUUUUAUUCUGGGCCCAUGGUGCAUCCGGGCCAAACCUCUUCGAACACCUCGAGCAGCGGUCAACAGACCCCUGCGAGUCCCACCUCGAUAGCCAUGCCGCCUCAACGUUCGCAGAAUAUCCAGAUCGCCAACUCGGGCUACGGGACCCCAGAUAGUUGUCCUUUGCCCGGAACGAGUGUGGAUCAGUCUUCCGCAGGAAGCUCGAACAACCCGGUCCCGCACAGCAGUUGGGUUUCCCCACCCGACAACAGCACGUUGAAUUUCGAAAACCGUCUAAUCACGGAAGAUUCGCUCUAUCCGUCGCUGGUGUCGGACCUUAACACCGCAGAGCUUUCUGGUGAUAUCUUGGAGUAUCUCCCCACGCUGGAGGACUCUAAGAGAUCGUCCGACCCUUCGGACAGCCAAGGUUUGAUGUGGGAACUGGAACCCGACGAUGACCGCAUUACCGACAAGCUCACUGAAGACAAAUUAUGGAGCCAGCAGCCGAUGGACUUCGAAUUACACUCCGUGUUCAAAAACGAUAUCAAAUCGGAAUUUCCCGGAGAGCCAACGCUCGCCGAACUCAACGCCAAUGAAGAUAGCAGCAACCUCUUGGAUACCAUCGACGUCAACAGCUUCCUCAUGGAGAGCUUCGACAACAAAACUUCGUUCUCGCAGCAGGUCAAUUUACUUUCUCCGCUUGCAGACAUCAAAGUCGAACCUAACACAACUGUGGGUGCACCUGCAGCCGCUGUAGCGACUGCCGGUGCUACUGCCAGCUCGUGGUCAGGUUCGUCUUUCGUGGAUCCAUUGCAAGCUCAGUCGUCGUCACAGAGUUCAGGUUUGCAGACCUUGAGUCCACCGUCGAGUUGUCAGGUUGCGUCGGUCGGCCCUACUUUCCUGAACCCGCUGCCGCCCGAUGUUUACUCCACGCUCAGCUCUAGUCUUCCGUCGACGAGUAGCGGUCUCCCAGGGAAACAACACCAAGGUGGGGGAAAAGCUACGUCGAGGAGCUUCCUGCAUUCGGCGAGUCCACUGCAUUCGCCGGCCAGGAAGAACCCUCUAGCGAGCGGGAAGCCGAAAGGACCUAUCCCAGCCGAUCGGUUGUCCACUUCUGCGCCGUCGGCGAACGGCAUGGACCAAAUGUGGAAGGCGAGAAAGGCUGAGGUGCUUCGGAAUGGUCGUCUUCGCCACGGCUCGACAGAUACAACCCUCAGUCAAUUGAGUUCUGUCCAACUCACCAUGGACGAGGGAUUCAGCUCUCAGGAAGCGGACGAGGAAGACGACAGCGACAACGAGGACCGCUCAUCGGGCGAAGAAUCUGGGAGCGACAACGAAUACGAAGGGGGCGCUCGGUCCCCCUUGUCACCAUCGUCGUUGGCAUCGGACGAGCCGGGGAGCGGCAAGAAGAAAGGCAAAUACUUCUGGCAAUACAACGUACAAGCGAAAGGUCCGAAGGGUCCACGGAUGAAAGUCACGAAAGUUGCGGAAGAUCCGCACGUCCUCUCCGAUGUGACGGACCCAGUUUUCAGCCCCGACUGCCAACUCGAAGGUGUGAAGCACGCCGGUAAAGCCCGCCGGGGCGACGGGAACGAUCUGACCCCGAAUCCGAAUAAGCUGUAUAACAUCGGAAUCGAACUCGACAAGUUGAACCGAAUCAUCAACGAACUCACCCCUCCCACCGAUCUUCCGUCGAACGCUCGCAACAAGUCUCGUAAAGAGAAAAAUAAGCUCGCUUCGAGAGCCUGCCGCUUGAAGAAGAAAGCUCAACACGAAGCGAACAAGUUGAAGCUGUUUGGACUGCAAGUUGAACACAAACGACUGCUCGACGCGACGGCGAAAAUGCGCCAGCUCUGCAUUGAGAAAGCUCAGGGAUCCUUAAACUCGGAUGAGCACAAGCGCCGCUUGGAUCAACUCGUGUCUGAAAUCGACACGGUCCGAGUUGCUGGCCUCACCGCUGAGUAUGUGAAUAAGAUUCUCUCGAACGUGAAUGCGGGCGUUCCAAGAGGAGGCAUCGAUGCCUGAUGUUCGAUGCGCGGAAAUCGAUGAGAAAACACAGGAAGGAGAGGAAUGAUGAUCAUGACGCUGCCUAACUUUGCCUCGAAAGCGUGAAUACGCUGUCCAGAGCGAUAUGGAAUAGAAGUGCACGGAUGAAGGGCAGCGGAGUGACGAUCGUGUCGGAAUAUUUGUAGAUGGUUGGCUUCUUGAGGUGUAGAGCUGUUAGGACUUGACCGACACGUCGCGCACAGAGUCGGUAGCGUUAUC